AUGAAACUCCUACUUGCUUUAAGUGUCUUUGUAGCAACAUGCGCUGGGAAUGCUAUUCCUCCGGUACCGAAGGACAACAGCCACUAUGUAGAAGGAGUGAGCCGUUACAUCUGGAUGCCUGAUGGAGUUGGUAACCUUCACCUAGUCGACCUCGAAGAACCCGCAGAUAAAAACUUCCUUGAAUCCAGAAAUGGAAACCGUAAUCAGUACUGGCUUUUUACUAGACAAAAUCGUAAUAAUCGUCAAGUACUUGUGAACGGUAAUGCGAAUUCAGUUCGCAAUUCUUUCUACAGAGGAAAUAGACCUACAAAAGUAAUUGCUCAUGGUUGGGGAGGCAGUGGAAACGUUAACUGGAUUCCUCAAAUGGUAUCAGCUUUCCUUGAUCGGACAGAUGUAAACGUCAUUGUUUUAGAUUGGAGUUCCACUGCGGGUGGUUCAUAUCCGUCCGCAGUAAGGGCAGUGCCCGACGUUGGCCGACAUCUUGCUAAUUUCCUUAGAUUUGUUUUCAAUACUGCUGGUGGCAACUGGAACAAUGUUCAUUUAGUUGGUCACAGCUUGGGUGCUCAUGUUAUGGGCAAUGCUGGUCGUGCGGCUCCCUCUCGUCCAGUUCGUGUUACUGGAUUGGACCCAGCUGGGCCUCUGUGGCGUGGUAAUUCUAAUGCCUUAAACCGUAACUCUGCUACAUACGUUGAAUCUAUUCACACUGACGGUGGUGCUCUUGGUAUCAUGGAUCCAAUUUCACAUGCUGACUUUUAUCCUAAUGGAGGCCGUAACCGUCAACCUGGUUGUAGUGACAGCUCCUGUUCUCAUGAACGAGCUCAACCUUUAUUCUCUUCUACUAUAAGAAACAAUCAUUUGAAUGGAAGACGCUGUUCAAACCUUGACCAAGCCAGUAAAAAUCAAUGCACCGGUUCCACCUUCAAGAUGGGUAACUCUGAUUUGAAUAAAAGAGGAUUACACAGACAAUUAGUUUUUGCUUCGAAGAAAACAAUGAAGUUAUUGGCCGUGGUUAGCCUUUUUGUGGCAGUUUGUGCUGACAGCACUAUCCCCGUCGUGCCAGGGGAUAAUAGUCACUACGUGGAAGGUGUCAGCCGUUACAUCUGGAUGCCUGAUGGUGACGGAAACCCUCACCUCGUAGAUCUUCACACUCCCAUUCCUGUCGAUUUUCUCCUAACUAGAAAGGGAAAGAACAACAAAUACUUUCUAUAUACAAGAGAAAACCGCAACGAUUAUCAAGUCCUCGUUAAAGGAGACGUAAACUCGAUUAGAAAUUCUAACUACCGGGAGGAUAGACCAACGAAAGUUAUUACUCAUGGGUGGAUGAGCAACGGGAAAACUAAAUGGGUUAAACAACUAAAAGAUGCUUUCCUUGAUGACGCUGAUGUGAAUGUUAUUGUUCUGGACUGGAGUUCCGCUGCUAUUAGUUUAUACACUUUAGCAGUCCACGCUGUUCCUGACGUGGGCGUACAUUUAGCUCGAUUACUCGAUUUUGUUUUCGAUACAGCCGGUGGCAACUGGGAUAAUGUUCAUUUAGUUGGUCAUAGUUUGGGAGCUCACGUAAUGGGUAAUGCUGGUCGUGCAGCUUCCUCCCGCCCUAUGCGUAUUUCAGGUUUAGAUCCAGCUGGACCACAGUGGGGUGGGAAUGCUAAAGCUCUAAAUCGUAGCUCGGCCACAUACGUCGAGUCCAUUCACACAGAUGGUGGUGUUCUCGGUAUCUUUGAUCCUAUUUCCCACGCCGAUUUCUACCCUAAUGGAGGAAGGAGUUUUCAGCCUGGCUGUUUCACAAAUUUCUGCUCCCAUAGUCGUUCUCAAUCAUUAUUUACUUCCACUCUUAGGUCAAACCACUUGCAAGGUCGAUUAUGUGCAGACUUAGAUGAGGCUCGAAGAAACGAGUGUACUGGUCCCCUAUUUCCGAUGGUUUGUGCUGACAGCACUAUCCCCGUCGUGCCAGGGGAUAAUAGUCACUACGUGGAAGGUGUCAGCCGUUACAUCUGGAUGCCUGAUGGUGACGGAAACCCUCACCUCGUAGAUCUUCACACUCCUGUUCCUAUCGAUUUUCUCCUAGCCAGAAAGGGAAAGAACAACAAAUACUGGCUAUAUACAAGACAAAACCGCAACGAUUAUCAAGAACUUGUUAUCGGAGACGUUAACUCAAUUCUUAAUUCUAACUACCGUGAGGAUAAACCAACGAAAGUUAUUACUCAUGGGUGGAUGCACAACGGAAAAACUGAGUUGAUGAAACAACUCAAAGAAGCUUUUCUUGAUGACGCUGAUGUUAAUGUUAUUGUUCUGGACUGGAGUUCAACUGCUAGGAAUUUCUACACCUUAGCAGUGCGAGCCGUCCCUGACGUGGGCGUACAUUUAGCACAAUUUCUCGAUUUUGUUUUCGAUACAGCCGGUGGCAACUGGGAUAAUGUUCAUUUAGUUGGUCACAGUUUGGGUGCUCACGUAAUGGGUAAUGCUGGUCGCGCAGCUUCUUCCCUCCCUAGGCGCGUUACAGGUUUAGAUCCAGCUGGACCACAGUGGGGUGGUAAUGCUAAAGCUCUAAAUCGUAGCUCGGCCACAUACGUCGAGUCCAUUCACACAGAUGGUGGUGUUCUCGGUAUCUUUGAUCCUAUUUCGCACGCCGAUUUCUACCCUAAUGGAGGAAGGAGUUUUCAGCCUGGCUGUUUCACAAAUUCCUGCUCCCAUAGUCGUGCAGUAUCAUUAUUUGCUUCUAGUCUCAGAUCAAACCACUUACAAGGUCGUUUGUGUGCAGACUUAAAGGAGGCUCGAAAAAACAAAUGUACUGGUUCCCAGUUUGUGAUGGGUACCUCUCAACUUUCCAAAAGAGGGUAA